AUGGCACCGUCGUAUGACUACAUCAUCGUUGGAGGGGGGACAUCUGGGCUUACGGUUGCGGCUCGCCUAACCGAGGACCCUGCCCUCAGUGUCUUGGUCAUUGAGGCUGGUGACAACCAUCGUGAUGACCCUCUGAUUAACACACCUGGGCUGAUGGCCGGUACCUAUGGCAACCCCAGGUAUGAUUGGGGUUUCCGCUCCGUUCCUCAGAAAGAGCUCAACAACCGAGUCAUCGCUCAGCCAAGAGGCAAGGGGCUGGGCGGCUCAUCUGCCAUCAACUUCUUGAUGCUGGUCCACCCUUCGAGGAAGAGUCUAGACUCCUGGGAGGAACUUGGAAAUGAAGGUUGGGGAUUUGACUCCAUGGCGCCGUACCUUCAUAAAUUUAAUACCGUACAUGAGCCGCCGCAAGCCGCGAAAGACGCCGUAGGCCUGUCCAACCAUAAUACAUAUGUUGGCAGCGAAGGCCCCGUCAGCGUCUCCUACUCAGAAGGAUAUGGUACGACGAAUAAAGCUUGGAUGGAAUCAUUCAAGAAGUUCGGCCUAGAAGUAGCCGGCGAUAUCAGAGCCGGCGGUGCCUUGGGGGCUUUCCAACAGCCGGGAACUAUUGAUCCAGAAACCAAGACCCGAAGCUAUGCUCUCACGGCAUACUACACCCACGAGAUCGCCGGCCGAAAGAACCUGACCGUGGUGACUAACACUGUGGUGAAGAAGCUUCUUUUCGACACCUCUGGCGUCGAGCCUGUCGCCAACGGCUCAGGCCCUGAGACCGUCAUCCAUAGCAGCGAAGUCAUCAUCGCAGCAGGCUCUCUCAUGAGCCCACAAAUUCUCGAACUUUCCGGAAUCGGGGACCGCUCUCUUCUUGAGAGUCAUGAUAUACCUGUUAUUGUUCACAACCCAUCGGUGGGAGAGAACCUCCAAGACCAUCCCAUCGCUUGCCAAAGCUUUGAGGUGAACCCGGGCACACCCUCCAGCGAUGUACUUCGAGAUCCAGCAAUCUUCCAGGCACUGCUGCAGCAGUACGCAACUUCAAACGGUGCUGGGCCGCUGGGCCAGUCCAAUAUUAGCGUUGCUCUCAUGCCUCCCACAGAUGCGUCAGGAGUAACAUCAUCCCAAGGACGCAAAGAUUUAUUCGAUAGCAACGCUGAGCAUCUGAAAGCGGACGACAGCAAAAUCUUGCGGGCCAUCUUGGAGAGUGGGGAUGAGGCCACGGCAGAGUAUGUCCUUUUCCCAGGGCAGGUCAACACUGUGCUUUCAGAGCCGAGCAGCAUGGCCGACUAUUUGAUUCCCACAAGACCAGAAAACUAUCUCACGAUCAUGACCUUGCUUAAUCAUCCCUUCUCACGAGGUAGCGUGCACAUCAAGAGCUCUGAUAUUCAUGACCUGCCAGUCUGGGAUCCCAAGUUUGGCUCUAAUCCUUUAGACAUGGAGCUCAGUGCCCGCCAUGUCCAAUUUGUCGAGACCUUCAUCAAAAGCGAACCAUUCUCGGCUUUAUUGAAGGUUGAUGGCGCUCGGAUCCCAAGCUUGAAAGCCGAUACAGUUGAAGACGCCAAGGAAGUUGUUCGCCAGUCGCAAGUUAGUGACUUUCACCCCGCAGGAAGCUGCGGUAUGAGGCCAAAAGACAAGGGAGGCGUCGUGGAUAGCGAGCUACGAGUCUAUGGUGUGAGGGGCGUCCGUGUUGUUGACGCGAGCAUCUUUCCACUUGAACCUGCUGGCAACAUUCAGAGUCUUGUGUACGCUGUUGCUGAAAAGGCUGCAGAUUUAAUCAAGCGAGAGCGACUGAAGGUCCAUGAAGGAAGAGAAGAAUUUUUGAAUAUUAAAGAAAGAGGAGAAUGCUUCAAUAUUGAACAGGGAGCAGAAUGUUUAAACAUCAAGCUCUCUAUCGUUGUUUAG